AUGAAAAUAUUUACUUUAUGUUUAAAUAUUUUUACAUUUUUUAUUUUAACUUGGAAAAUUCAUUGCUUUUACAACUAUGAUUCCAGUAGGUCUUUGAUUAAUAAAGAUACAAUGCAAAUGAAAAAUAAGUUAAAACAUGAAAGAUUGUUAGCAGAGGUUGGUGUAUUAGAAGAAAAACAAACUGCAGAGCUUGAAAUGGUACCUUUUUAUAAAGAAACAAAUGAAAUAAGUAAUAAAUCUAAAGAUAAAAUAUUGAAUGAUUAUUGGAAUAAUAAUUCACAUGUGGAUGAAUUGCAACAAGUAUGA